GUGAAUCUGCUAGAACCAAAAGACAUGUCCUGUCCAAUCACAAAGGCUUUCACAAAUCCAUUAACCAAUGGCAAUAGUCGUUGAAUAAUUGAUUAAUCCAAGAUGGACACCAGUGAUGUAGAACUAGAAUCCGAGAACUCAAUGUCAUCGAGUCCGAGGCCGGCUCGCAAAAAUAUCAAACUAAAACUGAAGUCAGAAAAGUCCUCUGGCAGAGGCCGUCCACGAAAGAACAAGACUGGGAAAAUAGAGGACCAGAUUCAUUCCUCAGAUGAUGAUGAAAUACUUGAGACACCAAUUUUCAAGACAAUGGAAUCUGGUGAGCCUAUUCAUCAGAACAAAAAACUCAAAUGGGAUCAUAAAGUGAAUUUGCUUGGAGAGAAGGUGGUGGAUCCACUGAUCCACUGUUGUGAGAUGUGUUCUCUGCCUAUUCUAAUCUACGGGCGAAUGAUUCAGUGCAAACAUGUUUUCUGUUUCACAUGUGCCAAGAAGACGGAGAAAACAUGUGCAAGGUGUGGGGACCCAGUUCAGAGAAUUGAGCAGUCAGCGCUGGGAACUGUAUUCCUGUGCACUUAUGGGGGAUCCAAGCAUGGCAAUAACGGCUGCAGGAGGACGUACCUCUCACAGAGGGAUCUGAAUGCUCACAUCUCACACAGGCAUCUCAAGUCGGAAAUCAAAGACCAGAACAUCAGCAGCAUAGCUGCCAAAGCAGGUGCAGCCCCAGUGGCUGUGAAAACAGCAGCACCGUCUCUGGAGUCACAGGCAGCUCUUCUAGAGCAAUUCAAUGCUGCAAUGAGACAAGUAUCAGCCACAGCAGCCAUGUUGCCUCCAAGAACGGCUCAGGAACAGAUAUAUCACAGUCAGCCCUCAGCGGUGUUAAUGGGCAUGCCAGUCGUAUCUACAGUGCAUCAAACAGUGGCUGGACUUCCGGCCCCGGCUUACAUGGUCAACUCUACAUUACAGACCCCCAUGGGGCCCAUGACAGGAAUUCAGUCCAGCAACACCAUGUCUGCUAUACCCUCCCCCUCAAGUCAUGAUGGCUUCACAUCAGCUAUCCCCGUCGUAGGGGGCAACCGAAUAAAGACCCUGAUCAGUGUGCCAAUCCAAGAUGACGACUACACCAAGGCAGUUCAGCAGCCUCCUCCACAGCAGAGCUACCAGAACAUGGCUGCCACAAGUGCCAUGCCCAACAUGACCUUCCCGCCACCCUCAUUUCCUCCAGUAGGAAGCAUGGCAUCGAAUUUACACCAGAUGCCCCCCAGAAUACCCCCACCAAUGUAUUCGAGCCAUCAGUCAAUGACCCCAUCUGGGCCUCCCCCACCAGCUUUCACAAGCCCGCCCCCAAUGAUGUCCGGUCCCCCUCGGGGGCCUCCCAGAAUGACUGGGGCUCCGCCCCCAAGGUACUUUGAUGGACAGGCACCAAGGGGUCCUUGGCCAGGGCCUCCAAGGGGACCAGUGGCGCCACAACAUCCCCCACCUAGGGGCCCCCCUCCAAGACCAGAAUACAACUAUUAUUGAACUGUGUAAUCGUGUGUGUUUUUUGGCUUUUUAAUUGUUAGCUGAAGUGGUAUACAAUUCUGGAAAAUAAUGUUGUUUCCAUGGUUUUGUUGGGUCAAUAUGCUUAAUUUAAAAGUAAAAGAAGAAAAGUAUUAUGUGAAUUUUAGAGUGUUAAGUGGCAAGUAGAGUAUAAAAAGUGAACUACAUCUAUUUACUAGUUAACGCCUAAAUAAAUAAAUCAGCUGUGUAUUAUUGCUAUGAAUGUUACUUAUUAUAAACGUUACACAAAAUGGGUUAAGAUUACUUAAGUUUGUUACGACACAGACAGAGGAGGUAUGUUGCACAAUAAAACUUCUUGGAAUUUUCUUAACAAAAAUGUUUGUUUAAAAUUUCCAAGUGCCUAUAUUCUGAGUAACUGAUUAUAAAAGCUUUCAAGUA